GCUCCGCAAGGCUGUGCCCCGCCCCGUCCCCACCGGUCUCCUUCAAUCCUCCUGGGGGUCGUGGUCCCUUUAAGCUGCCCGGCGCGGAGGUGGGGCCGAGCCUCCCGGACCGGAAGCUGGUUGGGUGCGUCACUUCCUCCCGGAAGCGGGCCUGGGCGGAUGUCUCCGGCGCGACCGUGCACCGGACUGAGGGCCGCAGUGGCUGCCAGCAUGGGGUUGAGCGAUGGGCCACUUAAUACGAUACCCUAUGACAGUGUCACAGUGACAGCCAUGGGAGUGGGAGUGAACCCAGCUGCUAGCAAGAGCUGCCACCCCAGGCUGAAGGCCAAGUACUGUCAUGUGCAAGUACCUGAGGAGCUCCUAAAAGAGCUGUUGCCAGGACCAGUGACCCUGGUGAUGGAACGCUCAGAGGAGCUCAACAAAGACCUGAACCCCUUUACUCCUCUUGUAGGCAUCCGGAUUCCUGAUCAUGCCUUCAUGCAGGAGUUAGCCCAGAUGUUUGGGGGACCUCUUGCUCUCACCAGUGCCAACCUCAGCUCCCAAGCCAGUUCUCUGAAAGUUGAGGAGUUCCAAGACCUUUGGCCUUCUUUGUCGCUGGUCAUUGAUGGGGGACCAAUUGGGGAUUGCCAGAGCCUUGAGUGUCGCCUUGGCUCCACUGUAGUUGACUUGUCUGUGCCUGGAAAAUUUGGCAUCAUCCGUCCAGGGUGCGCCCUGGAAAGCACUACAGUCACCCUCCAGAAGUACAGGCUGCUGCCCUCACAUGGGUCCUGCUCAUGAACUUGGGGAGAGUGGGGGGAACCCAUGGACGGUACUGGAUACUGUGUGUCUUUCUGCUGGUGGUUGGUGAGGCCUCAUUUGAGAGGCCACAGGAGCCACAUCACUAGCCCAAGCCGUUACCCAACAUGUCUUCCUAAACACUAGACCAGAAGCUACUGGCUUAGCUUUGCCUUUCAGGAAGGUGAAACUAUUCCAUAACUUUGUGUAUCAGACAAAAGCUCAAUAAAGAGGUGAAGAACAUUCCUAACCUACCUUUAUUUUGACAUUUAUCCCCUCUUUUAAACUGAAAAAAUAACUUAAGUUACAGAUUUAGAAUCUAGGGAGGAUCUCCUUUGGAAGGUGGUGGCCUUUAAGAUCUAAAGUGCCAAGAAGUAUUGGCACAGUUGAAAAGUCAGGUAACCAAAGGCAAGAGUUUAGCCUUCUGAAGCCGGCACCAGGUUAGGAUAAAGAUCAUAGAGCCACACGCCAAACACUUUGCUCUGAAGUGGUUAGUUGGAGGAAGAGGAGUCACCAUUUUGGUCUAAUGAUAGGAAAUCUGGUGGGAUCAGGGGAGGGCCCAAAUUAAACAAUAGGGAAAAUAAAUCUCUACUAUCCUUUUAGCCAGUGCCUAUUCCUUAUUUAUUUAUUUAUAGAGUAUACUUAAAAUUAUAUAUCUAGUGCCUUUAAUUCCAAUGUUCACUCAGCUUUUUAUCUAUUCACAUGUAUACCAACUGUUUAAGUUACAAUUGGGCAUUUGAACUUUUUACUAUUAAAAAAUGCUGCUAGUGGGCCAGGGAUUUAGCUCAGUGGUUCUGCCACCU